AUGUUAAUUGACGGCGAGAAAUGGGCCUGCGAGGCCUGUGUUCGCGGGCAUAGGGUCAGCAACUGUCAGCAUUCAGAUCGGCCCCUCCAGCACAUCAACAAGAAAGGCCGGCCCGUGUCGCAAUGCCACCACUGCCGCUCCAUGCGCAAGUCGCGCUCGUCCCACAUCAAAUGCGACUGCGGCGAGAAGACACACAAGUGCGCCCACCUGCAACAAACCCUCGAGGGACACAAGGAGAGCUGCUGCUGCAAUCAUGGCGGCCGUUGCUCGUGCUCGCACAGGAAAGAGCCGUCGCUCGACACCGUACCCGAGUCCGAGUCCGACCUGGAGAGCAGCUACCCGGCUAAGCCCAAGCCCAUCAGCCGCCGCCGGCGGGCCAACACGGGCCACUCGGAGCCCAUCCUGAGCUUCGACGAGAACGGCCACCACAAGCCCGCCCACAAGCCCACCAAGGCCUCGCAGAAGUGCGGUCCUUAUACCCUGUCCCGCGGGUCUUCGAUGCACAGCAUGAGCAGCGCGAGCAGCAGUCUAGGCAUUCCAUCUGCCGACGGCCUGGCCCAACGUGGCAAGACAGGCGCCCGCUCCCGAACCGCUACCGCGUCGUCGGGAUCGGAGCGGGAGACGCGCAUGACCGAGUCUCCCCAGGCAUCCCCUUCGAUGGAGGGCGACUCGACCUUUCAGCAGCUCAAUGGCCAGCUGCCGCCGCUGGACCUGUCUGGCAUCCAGUACCCCGAGUACUCGCCGGCCUUUGAUCUGUUCGGCGUACUUUCGGACCACGAGGCGCCCAUGUUCAGCGCCGGCCUGAGCGCCGCCUCGGUCGACUGGACCCAGUACGACGGCCUGGAGCUCAAGGGGGAGGACUUUGCUCCUUCGAGCUUCGGCCAGGCCCAGUCGUACAAGGGGUUUGAUCUCGCGGGCUCGGUGGAGCCGACGCUGACGUCCAACUCGGGCGAUGUGUCGGAAACCGAAGACUGGGCGCCGACGUUCGGCAAUGCGCAGCUCGAGGGUUUCCGCAGUGGCCCCGCGAGUGGCUACCUCGACCUGUCGCAGAACCAGACGACCAUGUUGACCAGCGCCGACCUGGGCACGCUCGACUUUGACCAGUUCAAAGGCACGGCCGACGCGAGCAAGUACCUGUCCAACCCUUCGGUGGUGGACGAGGCCAGCCCGGCAUUCCCUCUCGACGACACGUACUGGAACAUGAGCAACUUCAACGACGGGAUCACGGAAUCUCCCGACCUUGUGGCCUCCUGCCUGUGGGCUACUUGA